ACGAUGAGCAAGCCAGUGACAAAUCCUGACGACGUGUUUGAACUGUACAAGGUCCUUGCUACUGGUCGGUAUAGCGCGGUGUACCUGGGAUACGAGCGUGGCACCUCCAAAAAGUUCUCCUUCAAAGUGUACCGCCCUCUCAUUUUGAGGAAAAACUCUUCCAGCUUCGAGAAACAGUUUUUGAGUCUCUGCUACAAGCCCGCUAUCAUACCGAAACUUUUCUAUACUUUUUCCUUUGAGUUCCAGAACUGCCUAGUUCUAGAACAGAUGACCGGCAAGUCCUUGCAUGACCAGCUCAAGUUCGCUCGACGGUUCACCAAUGAGGUGACACAAUUCUACCUGGCUGAAAUAGCAGUGGCAGUCUCCUUCUUGCACAGUAAAAAUAUCAUUCACAGAAACCUGCAACUCGAUUCCUUCUGGAUCCAAAGUGACGGUCACCUGAGGCUGACCGACUAUACUAGGUGUAUCAGCAGUAAAACCAUCUUCCCGACCUUCGACUGGCAGUUUAAAAUCAGCUACUACACUCCACCAGAGAUCGUACGGGGUGGACGGGUCACCAAGAUGGUGGACAUGUGGGCUGUUGGGAUCAUGUUCUACAGGAUGAUCAGUGGUCGAAUGCCGUUUUACUGCUCAAACCGCAAUAAAUUGAGGGAAGCCAUCCGGUACAAGCCGAUGGAGGUCAGCAGGUAUUUCACACCUGAUGGUCAAGCCCUGUGUUACCAUCUGCUAACGAAAACACCCUCUCUCCGACUUGGGGCGGAUGAGUCGACAUUUAUAGCCUUUGAAAGACAAAAUUAUUUCGACGGGGUGGAUUGGAGACAGGUGGUCAAGGGAACCCUACCUGCGCCACACAUUCCAAUACUCUUUGCUACUAUGCCAGAGGUCCUCGAUAUUGAAAACGAGACUAUUCUAGAUUUGAAAGUCACUGACAGCGUUAGAAUGAGACUCAAACCUCUACGAUAUAAGGACAUUUCCACAAAGGAAGGGGGAGAACUAUUUAACGACGAAACCCUGGAUCUGCUCCACCGUCGAAAGAUAGCGACAGACGUGAGACGCCAGGAAAAGAAGCGAACUCCUUCCAUGUACUCUUUCCUGCGAGUGAAGGAAACCGCCCUGCCCCGGACCAGCCUGUACAGCAUCCAGUCAAAAGAUUCCAGCGGCGGUAAGUCCCAGAACUCACCCGGGAGUCUCAAGUCACCAGACAGCAGGAGGAGCAGCGCGGGCACGGAUGAGAGACUCAGUAUCACCAGAAGCUUUGAGGACGCGCUCCACGAUCUGGAGGAGCAUAUGAGCUAUGUCUCCAAAGAGGAUCAUCAGUAUCUUUUCAAUGAGUUUAAGAAACGAAUGGUAGCCAAACUCAGCACUGGUCGAUCAAAGGGUUCAACACGAACAAGUACACUUUUCACUGGUGAGACUAGCAUAGACUGAACUCAAUAGCCAGGCUGAGUUAAAAAAACAACAGUGGGAACCUUCAA